GGUAGCUAAUUUAGCUGAGAAAAUUAGGUAAAAAGGUACUCUUUCUUUUUGUUAGAAGCUUCUGUCAUCAUCUACAAGAUGACAUAUUUUGCUCCUGCCAGUCACCAAAGAUGGCACACAUAACUACAGCAAGCUGACACGAGUUUCGUUAGCUUAUAAAAGCCCACUUUCAAAUUUCAACUCUCAGCUCCAAACCUCCUACUCUCAUUCAAUCAUGCCAGAACUUCAACCCAACACCCCCAGCCCUCCCUACGAUCUGAUAAUCCUUGGAGCCUCAGGCUUCACAGGCAAGUACGUUGUUAAAGAAGCUCUGAAAUUCCUCAACACACCCUCCUCCCCUCUCAAGUCUCUGGCUUUAGCUGGUCGCAGCCCCACAAAACUAACCCAGACCCUCAAAUGGGCAGCUCACCCAAACCCGCCACCGCCCAUUCCCAUCAUCACCGCCGACACCACCGACCCACCAUCGCUCCACCGCCUCUGCACCCAAACCAAACUUAUCCUCAACUGCGUGGGGCCCUUUCGCCUCUACGGCGAGCCGGUGGUGGCCGCUUGCGCCGAAACUGGCUGCGAUUACUUGGAUAUAUGUGGAGAGCCUGAGUUCAUGGAGAGGAUGGAGGCUAAGUACCAUGACCGGGCCGUGGAGGUCGGUUCUUUGGUGAUUUCGGCAUGUGGGUUCGACUCGGUUCCGGCUGAGUUUGGGUUGAUGUUCAAUUCGAGGCAGGGGAAUUUCGGGACGUUUGAAUCGGCGGUGUUGGGUGUGGCUAAUGCCGACAAGUUGCAGGAGCUCAGGCGGUCCAGACCCAGAAAACCAAGGCCUGCGAUUCCUGGACCCCCUCCUCCUAAAGGACCAACAAUAGAACAACAGAAAGAUAUUGGCCUUUGGGCUGUGAAGCUACCUUCAGCAGAUGCUAUUGUGGUACGUAGAACACUUGGAGUUCUGACUGAAAACCCUCGUGGUCUUCCUGGGAGAAAUGAGAGUGCAGAACACAUUGAAAAAAGAGAAGCCUUCUGGUCAACAGUGAAGCCAGUUCAUUUUGGGGUGAAGAUAGGCUCUAAGUCUCUGUUGGGCAUUUUGCGUAUCAUGACUGUUGGAAUCUUUAUUGGGCUCUUGGGAAGAUUUUCCUUUGGGAGAUGGCUUCUCUUAAAGUUUCCCUCAUUCUUCAGUGUUGGAUGGUUUAGGAAGAAGGGUCCGUCUGAGGAUGAGGUGAGAAAUGCUUCAUUUAAGAUGUGGUUUGUUGGAAAAGGUUUCAGCGACAGCAGUCUUGUUUCACAGGGAAACAGAAAACCUGAUAUGGAAAUAAUAACAAGAGUGAUGGGUCCUGAGAUUGGCUAUUUGACCACUCCAAUAAUUCUAUUGCAGUGUGCUCUUAUUCUUCUGCACCAACGUAACAACCUUCCAAAGGGAGGAAUUUUCCCACCUGGGAUUGUAUUUGGCCCAACUGACCUCCAGGAAAGGCUCCAACAGAAUGGAAUUUCUUUUGAUGUCAUUUCAAAGAAAGCUAUUUCUGGUUAACUGCUAGAUAACUCUGAGAAAAUAAAUCUUUAGUUGGCAGUACCCAUGGAACAAGAAGACAUAAUAAACGCAGAAGUUAUUUUUGUUCUAUUAUUAUAGUUUGAUGUAACCUAACAGUGGUUUCAAAUAUUAUGAGAUUGUGGUUUGACCUA